CGGGAGCCCGCGGGCGCGCCCGAGCCCCAAUGCCAGCGCUGCCGCCGCCUCGCACCAUGGGCCCGCGGCCCCGGCUGCUGGUCCCGCUGCUGCUGCUUCUGCUGCUGCUGCUCGUGGGCGUCGGCGCGCUCGGGCCCUCUGCGAGCGCCCCGGGCGUGCGCAAGCGAGGCCCCUCGGUGACGGCCAAGGUCUUCUUUGAUGUGAGGAUUGGAGACAAAGAUGUUGGCAGAAUUGUGAUUGGUCUCUUUGGAAAAGUGGUGCCCAAGACUGUGGAAAAUUUUGUUGCCCUGGCCACAGGAGAGAAAGGGUAUGGAUAUAAAGGAAGCACAUUUCAUCGUGUCAUCAAAGACUUCAUGAUUCAAGGCGGAGAUUUCACCAGCGGGGAUGGCACUGGUGGAAUAAGCAUUUAUGGGGAGACAUUCCCUGAUGAGAACUUCAAGCUGAAGCACUAUGGCAUCGGGUGGGUGAGCAUGGCUAAUGCAGGGCCUGACACCAAUGGCUCCCAGUUCUUUAUCACCUUGACCAAGCCCACCUGGCUGGAUGGCAAACACGUCGUCUUUGGGAAAGUGAUCGAUGGAAUGACAGUGGUCCACUCCAUAGAACUUCAGGCAACCGAUGGGCACGACCGUCCACUCACUGACUGCACCAUCGUCAACAGUGGCAAGAUCGACGUGAAGACACCCUUUGUGGUUGAGAUCCCUGAGUGAGGACACUGGAGCACCAGAUGGCACUCAGGCCAGGGCACGUGCAUGGGACGACCCUUCUGAGCUGCUUUGUUUUAACUUUCUCCUCUGCUCCAGCUCAGAUCACAGGAAAGUUCUCAGCAUCAGUGGCUCAAGGUUUAGUCUGCCUCAUUUCUGGGUAAAUCACUUCAGGUUUAGGGAUGUGGAACUUACAAGACAUUUUCCUUCCCUGCAAUGGUGCUAUUUUUAUAGUGUGUAUAACCAGUCAACUCUCUUUUCUCUGGGGCACACACUCUUUGUUCUCUGUAUGCACAAUUCUCCCUAAGCUGAGCAAUGCCAGAGGUUCUGUAAGGAGGGAGACAUGCAGAUUACUACGGUACUCAACUUCUUUGGGCAAAAGGAGAUUUGAUUAGGACAUAACCUGAUGUCAAAGGAAUCUUAACCUGAUAAUCAAAGGUGCUUUGGUGUUCCUGAUAAUAAAUACUUUUUAUUCAAAUCAA